GGGAUGAGGGGGGUGGCUUCCACCUCCAUCUGUACACAAACAGCCCCUCCCCCAAGCCUCCCGCAGGAAGUGGCCGGGAAAUGGCAGCUGUGCGUUUGCUGCUGCGUCUCGUUGUUUUGAAAUGUCCAUUUUAAUCAGAUUUGGUUUCAUUUUCUGAGGCCUUCUGGGCAAGCUUGGAUCCUGCCAACAAUGUGGUCUUAGAGUCCUUUCGUUUGACUUUUUCUUUCUUUCUUUCUUUUUUUUUUUUUUUUGUAAAGUUAAUUUGUCAACUGGAAGUGUAGUCACUGCAGUUGACUCACAGAAUCCCCAUCCGUACCCCCACACCCCCCUCCAGAGCAUCUCUGCCUCCCUGUCUGGAUUCUUUUUUUCCUUGAGCUAGAGGUCAUCGAGAAGCAAACUUAGUCAUCCACCAGCCCUGCUGCACUUUCAAUACAAGUGAUGCAAAUUCUCUCAGCAUGGAAAGCUGCCAGGAAGAUUUGGAAUCUUUUGUGGCAUGAGAGUGGCUUUUUAGGGUCCUGCUUAAUAUAUUUUUAAGUAUAACUUUCUGUAUUGCAGAGCACCUUGUCAAGUGAGCUUGUGAGGUGACAAAGGGUAGACUCUGAGCAUGGAAUUUAUUAUGUGUUGGGAUAGGUACUGAUUUGCAGAGUGCAGGUGGUGGACUUGUUUCUCACUGGUGAUUCUAGCCUAAGUCCCUAUGGGAAGCCUGUUAGUUGAUGUAGGGUACUGGAGGGUGUACCUUUUUAAUAAGCAGAACCAACUAAUAAGGAGAGUUAGCUGUCAUAUGACUUACUCUUUAGUACAUAAAAGACACCUUCUAUCUUCUCACUUCUUAGAGAGUGGUAAGCUUUUCCUUUGUUCUGCACAAAAUCAUGCGUCCAGGUUUUCUUUUUCUCCCCCCAGAUAACUGCAGAAGAUUUCAACUAUAGCAUAUAGUGAUGGACUGUGUGUACUAUGUCCUGAGGCACUUUGUUAGACGCUGGGUUUGGUUUGAGAGGAGUUGGUGACAGGAUUUUACAUUUUGAGAGGUGAGAUUUUAAGAUCGUUUGGACUAUCCUAAAAACUGUUUAAUGUUUAAGACUGGCAUUUAAAUAAUUUUUUCAGGGGUGCCUGGGUGGCUCAGUCCGUUGAGCGUCAGUCUUCGGCCUGGGUCAUGAUCUUUCUGUUCCUGAGUUCAAGCCCCACGUUGGGCUCUGUGCUCACAGUUCAGAACCUGCCUGUUUCAAUUCUGUCUCCCUCUCUCUCUCUGCCCCUCCUCCACUCACAUUCAGUCUCUCUCUCUCUCAAAAAUAAGCAUUAAAAAAAAUUUUUUUUUAAAGAAUCUUUUCAGUAUUUUCCAGUCACAAACCUCCCACCUGAACUGUUAGAGGUCCAGGAUAAGAAUGGAUAUAUGGUUAUGUGACAGCAGCAGCAUCACUGUUAAGAUAGUAUCAUUGCUGUGUUCAGUGGAGAUUUUGGGGUUGAUAUUAUGGAAAUAAUAACAAGUCCGGUGUCAUUGUCCUUUUUUCUUGCCCCUCUCUUUGACUCGUUGGUUCUUUUGAGUUGCUUUUGAUAGGGUGGAUUUGAUGCUGAUUUUAAGUUCCCCUUUCUUCAACCUUUUUUUUUACCUAAGUUGGGACCUGACAGAAUAGUAGUAAAUUGAUUUUCCUUGUUAGGGGUUAAAAAGUGAAGGAAGGGAAAAGACCACCUUUUUUUCAAUGGACUCUUUAAAGGAAACCGUAGAUUUUAAUUCAUUUGACACAUGAUUAAUUAGCUGACUGAAGCAGACCUUUCCAUGUCCUUCUUAAAAAUUUUUUUUAAACAUUUAUUUAUUUUUGAGACAGAGACAGAGCAUGAACAGGGGAGGGUCAGAGAGAGAGGGAGACACAGAAUCCGAAACAGGCUCCAGGCUCCGAGCUGUCAGCACAGAGCCCCACGCAGGGCUCGAACUCACGGACCGCGAGAUCAUGACCUGAGCUGAAGUCUGAUGCUUAACUGACUGAGCCACCCAGGUGCCCCUCCAUGUCCUUCUUGUAAAAUGGAUGCAUUUUUCUAUCAGAGCAGUGGAUUUCUUAAUAUUGACUGCUUCUUGUCUGUAUUUCCUUCCUAAAGGAAAUUUGAGGAAUAGAGAGAACUGUGUGCGCUGACAUCAAAGCCAGUCAGAAAUCUAGAAUGUGUGGAAAGGCUCAUCUUGCCCUCUUGGUGGUUCUGGAAUCAGGGGUUGCCAAGAGAGAAGCAAAGCUUGUUACGGUUACUGUGUCUUGCUGCUGUUGACCUUUCUUAUUACCUUUGAAGAGAAAUGGAGGCAAACGACCAUUUUAACUUUACUGGCCUUCCCCCUGCACCUGCUGCCUCAGGACUGAAACCCUCUCCCUCCUCAGGGGAGGGCCUCUACACUAACGGGUCUCCCAUGAACUUCCCCCAGCAAGGGAAAAGUUUGAAUGGGGAUGUGAAUGUUAAUGGCUUAUCUACUGUAUCUCACACUACUACUUCAGGGAUUUUGAACUCUGCUCCCCACUCCUCCAGCACCUCACACCUCCAUCACCCCAGCGUGGCCUACGACUGUCUCUGGAACUACUCACAGUACCCAUCUGCCAAUCCUGGCAGCAACCUCAAGGACCCACCCCUUCUCUCCCAGUUCUCGGGGGGACAAUACCCACUCAACGGCAUCCUUGGGGGCAGCCGGCAACCUUCAUCCCCAAGUCACAACACUAACCUUCGGGCUGGGAGCCAAGAGUUCUGGGCCAACGGUACCCAGAGUCCCAUGGGGCUUAACUUCGACUCACAGGAACUGUAUGAUUCCUUUCCUGACCAGAAUUUUGAGGUGAUGCCCAAUGGACCCCCUAGUUUUUUCACCUCCCCACAGACUUCUCCUAUGUUGGGAUCCAGCAUCCAGACCUUUGCACCCUCCCAGGAGGUAGGCAGUGGUAUCCAUCCCAAUGAGGCGGCAGAAAAGGAGCUGACUUCAGUUGUGGCAGAGAAUGGCACUGGCUUGGUAGGCAGCCUGGAGCUGGAAGAAGAGCAGCCAGAACUGAAGAUGUGUGGCUACAAUGGCUCUGUCCCUUCUGUGGAAUCAUUACACCAAGAGGUCUCAGUCUUGGUCCCUGACCCCACAGUGAGCUGCUUAGAUGAUCCUUCACAUCUUCCUGAUCAACUGGAAGACACUCCAAUCCUCAGUGAAGUCUCUCUGGAGCCCUUCAACCCUCUGGCACCGGAGCCAGUGAGUGGAGGACUCUAUGGUAUAGAUGACACGGAGCUGAUGGGUACAGAGGACAAGCUGCCUCUUGAGGACAGCCCUGUGAUUUCUGCCCUUGAUUGCCCUUCCCUCAAUAACGCCACUGCCUUCAGUCUCCUGGCAGAUGACAGUCAAACUUCAGCCUCUAUCUUUGCCAGCCCCACCUCUCCACCUGUCCUUGGGGAGUCUGUCCUGCAAGAUAACACCUUUGACCUGAACAAUGGUAGUGAUGCAGAACAGGAAGAAAUGGAGACUCAGUCUUCAGACUUCCCACCAUCUCUGACCCAGCCAGCCCCUGACCAGUCAUCCACUAUUCAGCUCCAUCCAGCAACUUCACCAGCAGCCCCACCAACAGCCUCCCCGGCAAUCUCCCUGGCAGUUUCGCCAGCAGCCUCCCUUGAAAUCUCUCCAGAAGUCUCCCCAGCAGUUUCGCCAGAAGUUUCUCCAGUCAUCUCUCCAGCAGCAUUCCCAGCUGUCUCUCCAACUUCCUCAGCAGCCCUUCCACCAGUCUCCUCAGAAGUCUCCUUGACGGCCUCCCCGGUGACCUCCCCAAAAGUGUCCCCUGCAGCUUCCCCAGCAGCUGUCCUCCCAACAGCCUCCCCGGCAGAUAAAGAUGUCAGCAGCCUCCCUGAAACCACUGCCGACCUGGAGGAAAUCACUGGAGAAGGAGUCACUACUUCUGGUAGUGGUGAUGUCCUAAGGAGACGUAUUGCUACCCCAGAAGAAGUUCGUCUUCCCCUCCAGCAUGGGUGGCGGAGAGAGGUGCGCAUCAAGAAGGGUAGCCACCGAUGGCAGGGGGAGACAUGGUAUUAUGGCCCCUGUGGGAAGAGGAUGAAACAGUUCCCAGAAGUGAUCAAGUACCUGAGCCGCAACGUGGUACACAAUGUCCGUCGUGAGCACUUCAGUUUCAGUCCCCGUAUGCCUGUUGGAGAUUUCUUUGAAGAGAGAGACACACCAGAGGGCUUGCAGUGGGUGCAGCUCUCAGCAGAGGAGAUCCCUUCCAGGAUUCAGGCAAUUACGGGGAAACGGGGCCGACCUCGAAACACUGAGAAGGCCAAGACUAAGGAAGUCCCCAAGGUGAAACGGGGACGAGGUCGGCCACCGAAGGUCAAAAUCACUGAGCUGUUGAAUAAGACAGAUAACCGCCUCCUAAAGAAACUGGAGGCCCAAGAAACACUGAAUGAGGAGGAUAAAGCAAAGAUGACUAAAAUCAAGAAGAAGAUGAAGCAGAAGGUACAACGAGGAGAGUGUCAGUCUACUGUCCAAGGGCAGGCCAGAAACAAGCGGAAACAAGAGACCAAGAGCUUAAAGCAGAAGGAAGCUAAGAAGAAACCCAAGGUGGAGAAGGAGAAGGUAAAGACAAAGCAGGAAAAACUGAAGGAGAAAGUGAAGAGAGAGAAGAAAGAGAAGGUAAAAGUGAAGGAAAAGGAGGAAGUGGCCAAAGGCAAGUCAGCCUGUAAAGCAGAUAAAACGCUGGCCAUGCAGAGGCGCUUGGAGGAGCGGCAGAGGCAGCAGAUGAUCUUGGAGGAGAUGAAGAAGCCCACAGAGGAUAUGUGUCUGACUGACCAUCAGCCUCUACCUGACUUCUCACGCAUCCCUGGUCUGAUCCUGCCCAGUGGGGCCUUCUCAGACUGCUUGACCAUCGUGGAAUUCCUGCAUAGCUUCGGCAAGGUGCUGGGCUUUGACCCUGCCAAAGAUGUACCAAGCCUGGGGGUCCUACAGGAGGGACUCCUGUGUCAAGGCGACAGCCUGGGUGAGGUGCAAGAUCUGCUGGUGCGGCUCCUGAAGGCUGCGCUCUAUGAUCCUGGCUUGCCUUCCUACUGUCAGUCCUUAAAGAUCUUGGGAGAGAAGGUGUCUGAGAUCCCACUGACAAGAGACAAUGUGUCUGAGAUCCUGCGCUGCUUCCUCAUGGCGUAUGGAGUGGAGCCAGCCCUCUGUGACAGCCUGCGCACCCAGCCUUUUCAGGCCCAGCCACCCCAGCAGAAGGCUGCUGUCCUGGCCUUCCUUGUACAUGAGCUCAACGGUUCCACGCUCAUCAUCAAUGAGAUUGACAAGACUCUGGAGAGUAUGUCCAGCUACAGGAAAAACAAGUGGAUUGUUGAAGGCCGGCUCCGGAGACUGAAAACUGCUCUGGCCAAGCGAACUGGGCGACCGGAGGUAGAGAUGCAAGGGCCAGAGGAGGGCCUGGGGCGGAGGCGCAGUUCUCGAAUCAUGGAGGAGACCAGUGGCAUGGAGGAAGAGGAAGAGGAAGAGACUGUGGCGACUAUCCAUGGCCGUAGGGGUCGAAGAGAUGGAGAGGUUGAUGCCACAGCAUCAAGCAUCCCAGAGCUAGAGCGCCAAAUAGAAAAACUCAGCAAGCGUCAGCUCUUCUUUCGAAAAAAGCUGCUUCAUUCAUCCCAGAUGCUUCGGGCAGUCUCCUUGGGUCAGGACCGCUACAGACGCCGCUAUUGGGUCUUGCCCUAUUUGGCUGGUAUCUUUGUGGAAGGAACAGAGGAGAGCUUAGUUCCUGAGGAUGUGAUAAAGCAGGAAACUGACUCCUUAAAAGUGGCAGCCCAUCCAGCCCCCAGCCCAGCCCCCUUCUCUCUGAAGAAGGAGUUAGCUGGCUCCAGCACCUCUGCCAGUACUCCUGCCCGGGCCCGAGGCCGACCUCGGAAAACUAAGCCUGGGUCUAUGCAACCUAGGCACCUUAAAUCCCCUGUUAGGGGUCAGGGUUCAGAACAGCCUGAUGCCCAGCUUCAGCCUGAAAUUCAGCCCCAUCCUCAGCUUCAGGCUCAUGCUCAGCCCCAACCCCAGCUUCAGCUCCAUCCCCAAUCCCAAAAUGGGUUCCUGGAGCCAGAAGGCUCCCCCUUGUCCUUGGGUCAGAGCCAGCAUGACCUCAGCCAGUCAGCUUUCCUGUCUUGGCUGAGCCAGACUCAGAGCCAUGGCUCCCUACUGAGCAGCUCAGUCCUCACACCUGACAGCAGCCCUGGAAAACUGGACCCAACCCCAACACAGCCCUUGGAGGAGCCAGAGCCUGAUGAGGCAGAAUCCAUCCCCGAUUCUCAAGCUCCCUGGUUUAACUUCUCAGCCCAGAUGCCUUGCAAUGCUGCCCCUACACCACCCCCUGCAGUUUCUGAGGACCAGCCUACACUCUCCCCUCAGCAACCUGCCUCUUCCAAGCCAAUGAGUAGACCCAGUGCUGCCAACCCCUGUUCUCCAGUGCAGCUCUCUUCUACCCCUUUACCUGGGAUGGCCGCUAAGAGGCGAGCAGGAGACCCUGGGGGAACACCACAGAGUCUCACAGGGCUAGGACAGCCAAAACGGAGAGGGAGACCCCCCAGUAAGUUCUUCAAACAGAUAGAGCAGCGUUAUCUAACCCAGCUGACUGCCCAGCCCGUCCCUGCAGAGAUGUGCUCUGGCUGGUGGUGCAUCCAAGAUCCUGAGACACUGGAUGCCACGCUCAAGGCCCUGCACCCCCGAGGCAUCCGAGAAAAGGCACUUCACAAACACCUAAACAAGCACAGGGACUUCUUACAGGAAGUCUGCCUACGACCUUCAACUGACCCCAUCUUUGAGCCCAGUCAGCUACCUGCCUUUCAAGAAGGGAUUAUGAGCUGGUGCCCCAAAGAGAAGACCUAUGAAACAGACCUGGCUGUGCUUCAGUGGGUAGAGGAGCUGGAACAGCGGGUUAUCCUGUCUGAUCUGCAGAUUCGGGGCUGGACCUGUCCCAGCCCAGACUCUACUCGUGAAGACUUGUCCUACUGUGAGCAUCUACCUGACUCUCAGGAGGAUAUCACCUGGAGAGGUCGAGGUAGGGAAGGACUGGCACCCCAGCGUAAAACUACCAACCCUCUGGACCUGGCUGUGAUGCGGCUGGCUGCCCUGGAGCAGAAUGUGGAGCGGCGGUAUCUACGGGAGCCCCUCUGGCCAGCUCAUGAGGUGGUGCUAGAGAAGGCCUUGCUCAGCACGCCCAGUAGUGCCCCCCAGUGCACCACUACAGAGAUAUCAUAUGAGAUCACCCCUCGCAUUCGAGCAUGGCGACAGACACUUGAGCGGUGCAGGAGUGCAGCCCAGGUGUGCUUGUGCCUGGGCCAGCUGGAGAGGUCGAUUGCCUGGGAGAAGUCCGUCAACAAAGUGACCUGUCUCGUCUGCCGGAAGGGUGACAAUGAUGAGUUUCUUCUGCUUUGUGAUGGGUGUGACCGCGGCUGCCACAUUUACUGCCAUCGGCCCAAGAUGGAGGCUGUCCCAGAAGGAGAUUGGUUCUGUGCAGUAUGUUUGGCCCAGCAGGUAGAGGGAGGAUUCACUCAGAAGCCUGGUUUCCCAAAACGAGGCCAGAAGCGGAAAAGUAGUUAUGAGCUGAACUUCCCAGAGGGGGAUGGCCGCCGACGCCGGGUACUGUCAAGGGGUCGAGAAAGCCCAGCGGCGCCCCGGUACUCAGAAGAAGGGCUGUCCCCCUCCAAGCGGCGGCGACUCUCCAUGCGGAACCACCACAGUGAUCUCACAUUUUGCGAGAUUAUCUUGAUGGAGAUGGAGUCCCAUGACGCAGCUUGGCCUUUCCUGGAGCCUGUGAACCCACGUUUGGUGAGCGGGUACCGGCGCAUCAUCAAAAACCCUAUGGAUUUUUCCACCAUGCGGGAGCGACUGCUCCGGGGAGGGUACACCAGCUCGGAGGAGUUCGCGGCAGACGCACUCCUGGUCUUUGACAACUGCCAGACCUUCAAUGAGGAUGACUCUGAAGUGGGCAAGGCUGGGCACAUCAUGCGCCGCUUCUUCGAGAGCCGCUGGGAGGAGUUUUAUCAGGGAAAACAGGCCAAUCUGUGAGGCACGGGAGGUGGGGAGUCACCUGGUGGCAUCUCCCCCUGCCCUCCAAACAAAAAAUACCCUGCCAUUCUUACCUGCUGAUGCUGCCCUGGGUCCAGACUCGAGUCAGAGAUCUAAUCCUGAUUUUUGACCCCACCCUUGGCAGCGCCCUACAUCCUCUUAUCCCUACCUACACCCCUUUCUCCCUUUCCUCCUCUUGCUCCUCAAAUAAGAGGGGCAGAGAUGAGGUCCUUCUGGACUGAAAGCCAAAAAAAGAAAGAAAGAAAUAAUUUUUCCUUUCUGUUUUAUUUCCUAAUUUAAAAUGAGGAGGAGGAAAGAAGUCCCUGCUUCCUCUUCCCAGCUUCUUCUCCUUCCCUGUACGUGCCCCAGCAUUCUGGGGCUGUUUAACAAUAGCAAUAGUUCUAGUGAAUGUGUGAAACCGAGAAACACUCUGUACUGUGUGUGGACCCGCAGUGACGGCCAGUAAAGUGGACUUAACUCCCAAGUGUGUCGAGCCGGACACCGGGCCCUGAACAUGCUGCUUCCAUGUUCAGUCCCUCCCCUGCUUCUCACUUACUCAAUUUUUCCUUUUCCCUACUUUCAGAUUUUCUCUCAUCCAAUAAUGUAAAACUAUCGUGUACGGGUUCCUCUCCCCCUCUCUCUUCCCCCAAAUCUUUUUUCCCUUCAAAGGAAAAAGAAGUUCAGAGGUCCCUUUCUCUCUGUCCUCAUCUUCCUGCCAAUAGCUAUCCCAUUUAUAAUGUUGGAUACUCCUCAUGUGCUGAGUUUCUAGCCUUUUUUGAAACUCAGUAGCUGGGGAGAGGGCAGGGAGACACCCUGGACCCUGGGCCUUCCAGCCUCCUUCCCCACCUCUUACCCAAACCUCCCUCUUGGGAACUCCUCAGGGACAACUACUGCUGAGUUUGGGCGCACUCCCAAGAUGGAGGCCAGGUAGCAAUCAGCUGGCCUCAGAGAGAGGUGUGUGUGUGUGUGUGUGUCUGUCUGUGGGUAUGUGUGGUGUGUGUGAGGGAGUGGGAGAAGGGGGGAGGGUGGGAGGAUGCUGUGAUUGUGCCCUGUGUUGUUUGAUGGCAUCCAGGUUCCCUAAGUAUGUUUUUAUUUCCACCUUCCCUAGUGUUUCAAACCAUCACAUUUUUGUCCUUGGGAAACCACAGGAGCAGUUUUUCUGGGUAUAAGGCUGUGUCUCCUCUCCCAGGCAUUUCUGUUCCAGCCUCUUCAAACUGUGCAAUCUUUCAGCAGGAACUCCCUCUCCUUUCAGUAGCUUGGAGUCUUAAGCUUCUGUAGGGAGAGGGGUAGAACUGGAUCUUCUAAUCCCAUGAGCUUCUGUGGGUUUAGUUGUGCUUUUCUUCCCUUACCUACUUCAUACCCGGGGCCCCUUUCCCAGCAGCAGAGACCCCAGAGCACAAGAGAGUAGGGAAAAGGGCUCUGGGCCCACCGCUGCCCUACAUGUGACUAUGCCCAGGUUAAGCCCCAGCUUGUGAGAGGAAAGCUGCUAACUCCCAGCCACAGCCAUGGGCCCCCACCCCCUGCUCUCCUGCUCAGCAGAGCCCCUCCCAUCAGAGAUUACGGGUACUUGCACUGGGGAGGCGGCUGCUGGCGGCCCAAGCAGAGAGCCCAGGUGACCAAGAAAUGUUCCAUUGGUGGGGGAGGGCGUGCCAGGCAAGGUGGAGCAUUCCUUGUCCUUCUGGCAGCACUGGACAGCCACUGAAGGGGGUGGGGGGCAGUGUGGGGAGGUCCUGGGGCAGCCCCUUUCUUAUUCCUUUAUGCCCCCCACCUCCCCCAUGGCCUAUUUCUAAAGUCGCCUUUUCUGUCAGAUAAACCUCAAAACUUUUAAUUUUAUGUUUUUUUGUUGGUUUUUUUUUUUUUUUUUUUUUUUUUGCUUUUAAGAGGUGGAUUGAAGAAUAUUUGAAUUGACUUUAUAUUAUGCAUAAAUAUUUAUAUUUUAUCUAAAUAACUGCGCUGUAACAAAGUUUGUGUUAGUCAAACGUUUGGAACUGUUAUAGUUGGGGGCUCUUCUUUCUCCCCAUGGCAGUUUUCCCCUGGUGUAAAAUGUACUAGAUUAAUUUCUAUUGUUGGAGGCGAGGUGGACGGGGGAGUGAAAUCUCCAUGUUCCUGUUUUGUAUUCCUCUCCCAGCUCCAUCUCUUUCCCUAGGGACCAGGCACUCUUAAGGUGGGGUGGAGUCCUAGCCUCAGUUUGAAGAAGUGGGGGCUUUAAGGGGGGUGGGGUAGGGCAUGAUCAAAGGGGCCAUUUCUCAUGUUUCUUUCCCUCAUCUUCACUGCCCCUUGAGCUAGGUGGAUUUUUCUCUUCUUGUCAAAUAAGAGUAUUCGGUAGGGAAGGCAGGUAAAAAAAAAAAUAAUAAAACCCACCCCCUGCCCCUUUGUUUCCCCUCCCCUCUAUCAGUCUGGUAACAGGAAGAAACCACACCAUCGACACCAACAAGUUUCCAUGUUCCUUUUACAACAAAAGGGACUUGACUUUUUAUAUAACCAAAUGUGGUGUUUUAGUGACUUUUUGAUAAUGUACAGUUUUUUGUGAAUUUAAAUUUAUUUCUUUCUAUAUUUUUAGGACCAAUCUCAUUUUUAAUAAGGUUUAAAAAAGAAAAAAAAAGGUCUAGAGAAAAAACUCCUGUUUUUGCCAUGUGAUGUUCCACAAGUGCAGCUGUAGAAAAGUGCUUGUCAGUUGAAAUAAAAACCACAUUUGAUAGAGAUUCAAAA